CUUAAGAAGGAACCACAUAACUGGAUCCCCUUUAUUCCUGAUUUGCAGCAAUGCAGCCCCCUGAGCUUUCAAAAAAUGCUUCGUUCUACAUGCGUCCACAGGAGGAGCCCCCUCUGUCACGAGCUGGCUUCAUCACUCUCUCCAUCAUCAUGGCUUUUUUUACCAUUCCUGCCAUCGUACUGAACGCUACGGUGAUCAUUGUGUCCCUCAUGCACAAGCAGCUGAGGCAGCCGCUUAACUACGCUCUGAUGAACAUGGCUGUAGCCGACCUGGGCACAGCGAUGACCGGGGGGGUGCUGUCGGUGGUGAACAAUGCUCAUGGGUACUUCUCCCUGGGCAGGACAGGCUGUGUGAUGGAGGGCUUCGCAGUGUCCUUGUGUGGCAUCACAUCCCUGUGCACAGUGGCUCUGAUUGCAGUAGAGAGGAUGUUUGUGGUGUGUAAGCCUUUGGGACAGAUAACCUUCCAAAAGAAGCAUGCUAUUGGAGGUAUAGCCUUGACCUGGCUGUGGUCUCUUGCCUGGAACAUGCCCCCACUCUUUGGCUGGGGCAGGUACGAAAUGGAGGGAGUCGGGACGAGCUGCGCACCAGACUGGCACAACACAGACCCAAACAAUGUCUCCUACAUCAUUGCGUACUUUGCUGUGUGUUUUGCUUUUCCUUUCACUUUGAUCCUGAUCUCAUAUGGAAAUCUUCUGAGGACGCUACACCAGGUUUCAAAGAUGGCCUGUGUGGAAGGAGGAGCAGUAGCUAAAGGGGAGAUGAAGGUGGCAUUCAUGGUGAUUCUGAUGGUGCUGUCAUUCCUGGUCAGCUGGCUGCCAUAUGCAGGCCUGGCCAUGUUUGUGGUCUGCAGACCUGAUGCAAAGAUUCCUCCAUUGGUAGGCACAGUGCCGGUUUACCUGGCCAAGAGUAGCACUGCAUACAAUCCCAUCAUCUAUAUCUUCCUCAACAAACAGUUUCGUAAGUAUGCCGUGCCCUUCCUGCUUUGUGGGAAGGAGCUGGUGGAUGAAGAUGAGGCAUCAGAGGCAGUGACCACCGUGGAAACAAUGUCUACAAAUAAAGUGGCUCCCAGCUGACAUCAACAAUUCACUUAUACCCAAAUUUCUCUAUGAAGCACGACAAUAAAUAUAUCAGUUUCUUGUGUCCUGCUAUGCAAGUAUGGGUGUUUUUCAAAAUGUGCAAUAUGAAAACCAAACAAUUUAGAGUUGAAUGAUUGAAAACAUUAAUUCAGCAUAAAUUUAUUUAAUGAUGAUAGAAAACAAAAUAUCAAAUGAAGUCAAGGCCAAAAUAAAAUGAAAAAAGAAAUACAAAAAAAUGCAUUGAUACAAAAUCUAGAGGAUUUUCUAUAUGUAUUAAAGCAUGUGCUACUGAGAUAAAGUAUGUUUUAAUGAAUAAAAACA